AUGUAUUCCACGAGGAAGAGUUUGGACAAAAUAUUGCAAAUAUAUAAAAAUGAAAUUCGCCGGCAAAUUAGCAAGACCACCAGCGUUACUAACUCCGACGCAAUGGCACCACGGCUGGAUCAGUCGACGCACAAGCCCCAAACGAGCGAAGAAACUGGAAUCCCUAAGAAAUUGCUGAUGUUGCAGAAAUAUCACAGAUUCCUGUCCACCCUCACGCCGCAGCAAAUGCCCUUGGCUGCCCGAGGACUGGCCGUCUCCAAAGACCAGUCCCGGGAGUUCAUGGCUUGCUUCCCGGACAUCGUGAGGGACCUCACAAAGACUGGCAAGCAUAUUGAUGUGCCGGAAGCCAGCAAGUGGUUGGCCAAGCUGUUGCAGUACAAUGUGCCAAAUGGGAAAAAGAACCGUGGCUUAGCGACCGUUCUCGCUUACAAAAUCUUGGAGAAACCAGACAAUCUGACGCCGGAAAACGUGCACUUGGCGAACAUCAUGGGAUGGUGCACGGAAAUGUUCCACACACACCAGCUUCUUCUCAACGAUAUCAUGGACAGUUCCGAGAUGCGUCGUGGUGCGCCAUGCUGGUACCGUCGUCCCGAAGUUGGUCUUAGUAGUAUUAAUGACGCCAUUUUUGUUCAGUCCGCAAUGUAUUCAACUUUGAAACGACAUUUCUCCGGCAAAUCCUACUAUAAGAAUGUGCUGGAGAUGUUUAAUGAGAUGUUGCUUAAGUGUUCCAUCGGUCAGCAUUUGGAGAAGCAAAUGGCGAAGACCGAAAAGCCGGACCUGUCGCAGUUCACAAUGGAGAAUUACGAGGCAAUCACAAAGUACAAAACGGCUUACUACACGUUCCAAAUGCCGGUGGGCUUGGCGCUUUUAAUGACCGGAGUGGACGAUCCAGAGACGCACAGACAGGCGAAGACAAUUCUCUUAGAAAUGGGAGAGUUCUUCCAAAUACAGGAUGAUUUCUUAGAUUGUUUUGGGGAUCCGGCGGUGAUAGGAAAGAACGGCAGCGACAUUCAAGAUGGUAAAUGCACAUGGCUGGCCGUUGUAGCGCUGCAGAGGGCGACACCAUCGCAGCGCCAAAUCAUGGAAGAGCACUAUGGCAGCUCCAAGCCGGAGGAUGUCGCGAUGAUCAAGGAUCUCUACGAGGAACUUCAGCUCCCUCAUACAUAUUCCGUUUACGAAGAAGCUACUUAUGACCUCCUCAGGACACAAAUUCAACAAGUGACUAGAGGACUUCCACAUGAUUUGUUUUUUAAAAUCUUGGAUAACAUCUUUAGGAGAAGUAUC